GCCAGGUCGAUAAAAACUCGCUGAUCCCUCCUCUCUUCCCCACCUCCCCUUCUCGUCCCGACCCCGGCCGCCGCUACAUCUCCAAACCCUAGCUAGGGUUUUGGCCAGCCAUCCUCUUCUCUCCCUGUCGGCCGUCGCCCCCAUGGAUCCCUACUCCAAGAAGCGCAAGCCCGACGAGAACGGCGCCGCCACCGCCUCCCCCGCCGGCGGGGCCGCCGCGCUGGGCCUCACCCGCGACGACGUCCUCCGCCUCCUCGAGCCGCUCUCCCGGGACCAGCUCGCCGACAUCGCGGCUGCCGCCGCGCUCGUCUCGGCGCACGCGCUCGACGCCGUGCGCGCCGCCGCCGACCGGGACCCGGCCCUCCGCAAGCUCUUCGUGCGGGGGCUCGGAUGGGAGACCACCUCCGACUCGCUCCGCUCCAUAUUCUCCGCCUACGGCGACCUCGAGGAGGCCGUGGUCAUCACCGACAAGAAUACGGGGCGGUCCAAGGGCUACGGCUUCGUCACCUUCCGCCACGCCGACUCUGCCGUCCUCGCGCUUAAGGAGCCCUCCAAGAAGAUCGACGGCCGCAUGACCGUCACGCAGCUCGCUGCCGCUGGUGCGGCCGGCGGGCCGUCUGGUGGGGCCGCGGGCAGCGGUGGUGCUCCCGUGGCGGAUGUCUCCCUCCGAAAGAUCUUUGUUGGCAACGUCCCUGCCGACAUGUCGUCUGAGCGCCUCCUUGCGCACUUUGCCUCGUAUGGUGAGAUCGAGGAGGGGCCGCUGGGUUUUGACAAGCAGACUGGCAAGUUCCGUGGCUUUGCCCUCUUUGUGUACAAGACGCCUGAGGGUGCUCAGGCCUCGUUAGUGGACUCGGUGAAGGUAAUUGACGGCCACCAGCUUGUAUGCAAGCUCGCGAUAGAGGGGAAGAAGGGCAAGCAGGGGCAAUCGCAGCAAUCCGGGCCUGGCAACCAGCAACAGCAGCAGCAGAUGUUGCAGGGUGGUCCACAGGACAUGCAGGGAGGGCUUGGGCUUGGGCCUGGCCCACAGAUGGGAGCACAGUAUGGUGGCCCCGGGAGUGGACUGUCAUCGUUUGGGGCAUUUGGUGGUGUUGGCGGUGGGUUUGGGGGUCCAAACCCUUAUGGAAACAUGCCAUCUUCUAUGGGUGGAGGAGGCGCAGGUGGUUUAGGCUCUAUGGGAGGCCAGGUGCCUACCGGUUUGGGUGGUGCUGGGCCUGGCGCAUUUGGGCCUGGUGGAUUGGGUGGUGGCUCGUUUGGUGGAUCAUCUCAGUUUGGUGCUGGUGGGAUGGGGGCUUAUGGCGGCCUUGGAAUGGGUGGAGGUUCCAUGUACCGCAUGCAACAGGGAGGAGGUGGGCUGCCUGCAGGUGCCUUUGGUGAAGGAGGGAACUACCCCCUUCCAGGGUCUGGUUUCCGUGGCCAGGACCCUCAAGGUGGGAUGUCACCUGGGCCAGGUGGCAGGGCUCCUCCUAUGUAUCCCAAUGUGCCGCCUUACUUCUAAGUGAAUGUGUGACUCAGGUGUGUGACAACUGUUGGGAGCAUAUGAUUUGCAAUGGUUGUGCUGAAUUCACAUGGAUGUCUUGCAUAUUCUGGCUAGUGGCUACUUCUGAUCUGGAUUCUGGAAUGAGUUUGCACUGCCAAUUUUCGAUGUUGGAUAAAUGAAGCUAGUUUAGUGUUUCUUGAUAAUGCUUCACAUGUAUUUCCUUAUGACUGCUUUGCAGUUUUCAAUUUACAUAGAUAAGUGAAGUUGCGUUUAACUCUAUGGUGUGUUGUUAAUUGUCGUAUUAUCGUAUGAGAUUCCUUUAUUAUCAUUAGCCGGUGAUCUGUUCAAUCUUGGCUUUUAAUUAGUGGAGAUGUGCUUGGGGAGUUGCUGGCAGUUUGUAUGUAUGAUCUAUGAUUGUAAUUAGCUUUCCUUUUCCUUUAAAAUUUAGUUUAUUUGCAGACUAGAUUUGUUUCUUGAAGCUUGGAUAGUGGCUAAUUACUACUUGGUAAGUUGGUAUUGUCAACAUCUUCUUUCCAUUUGGCUUAUGUACCCCCCUUUUAACUAUUUAGCUGUGUUAACCUUGGUAACCAGCUAGCAGCUUGUUAACUAGGUGAUACCUAAGACUACUAACUGGCAUAUUAGCUGGGUUAUCUCUUGGCUAAUUUUUAGCAGCUAAUAGUUAGCUCUAAAGGAUCCAAAUAGGGUCUUAGUCAAAUUGCUACUGUAGCUAGGAAAGUUAACUGUCUUCAAGUUGCAUUCUCUGUUAUAAGUUCAGAAAUUUGCUGCUACAAUAUGUUUGAUGCUAGCUUUAUACCUAGCUGAAAUGCAUCCACAAACAGCAUUUUCUGGCAUGAAAGCAGCUCUUGAUGGUCUUAUGUAAGCUGCAAUCUCCAUUUUGUUGUGGAGGGCUUACACUGCUGUUUGCUGCCCUUGUUAUGUCCAUGCAUUUUAUUGACCUGUAGAGGUGCUGAACUAGUAUGUAUUCCAAUGUCAGAUUGUAAAUAUUGGUGCUGACUUUUUUAGCAAGAAAUACAUUUGAUGAUGACA